CGGGACUCCUUAAAUCCUUCGGUCGGGAACGGUGCUUAGAGCGACUUCGCGCUCAGCCAGGAGGUGGGGCGGGGCGGAGAGGCCGUUGUGGGUCGCUUGGUCCCGCAGAACCGUCGGGUCCCUGGCCUCCACUGCGCUGCCUGAGCCUGUCAUGGCCCAGCAAAGAGCCCUACCCCAGAGCAAGGAGACGCUGCUGCAGUCCUACAACAAGCGGCUGAAGGACGACAUCAAAUCCAUCAUGGACAACUUCACUGAGAUCAUCAAGACCGCCAAGAUCGAGGAUGAGACGCAGGUGUCACGGGCCACUCAAGGUGAACAGGACAAUUAUGAGAUGCAUGUGCGAGCUGCCAACAUCGUCCGAGCAGGUGAAUCCCUGAUGAAGCUGGUGUCCGACCUCAAGCAGUUCCUGAUCCUCAACGACUUCCCAUCAGUGAACGAGGCCAUCGACCAGCGCAACCAGCAGCUGCGCACCCUUCAGGAGGAGUGUGACCGGAAGCUCAUCACCCUGCGGGAUGAGGUCUCCAUCGACCUGUACGAGCUGGAGGAGGAGUAUUACUCAUCCAGCUCAAGUCUUUGCGAAGCUAAUGACUUGCCUCUGUGCGAAGCUUACUGGAGGCUGGACCUGGACACAGACUCUGCUGAUGGCCUCUCGGCCCCUCUGCUGGCAUCCCCAGAGCCUGGCACUGGCCCCCUGCAGGUUGCAGCCCCUGCCCACUCCCAUGCUGGUGGCUCCGGCCCCACAGAGCAUACCUGAGCUUCCUGGGAUGCCCUCCCUGCGCCCCUGCUUUAUCAGGAACAGAGUCCAGUGCCCCCCCCAUGCCCCCUGCAGCCUCACUUCUUAGAGACCCCGGGACCCAGGAGCCCCUGUGACCUCCUUGGGAAGCUCCCGGGACGCUGGGCAGAGCUGUUCCAGCUGCUUCCAGGGUGGCCUGUCGUCAUCUCCAGCUGCUGCCUUCUGGGCUGGCCAGGUGGGAGGAAGUUGAGGCCCUGGACUGGGCAGGGAGCUUGACUGACAGCAGAAGGCACCUCACUGAGUUUAAAACUGGGGGCCGCCCAAAGUGCAUGGCCAAGCCCCGCCUCCCGUCCUCGGGCCAUGGUGCCUUGCAGAGCCCUCCCACUGCCUUUUGCCCUGGUAUACCCUUCUGUGCCAUGGAUUGGGUACCCUGGCAGGCCCCUGUGGGGGCUUCUCCCCAUAUCCUGUUGCCAUGUCUGUUCUGCCACUUUUGUAAUGAGACUGAAUAAAAACACUGCCACUCUUUCAA